AUGGGCGGCAUCGGGAUCUGGGGCAUGCACUUCGUGGGUAAUAGAGCUAUCGUGCUACAAAACGGAGACCCCCAGCGACAGAUACUCUACAACUCCGGCUUCACCGCAAUCUCUUUCUUUAUGCCAAUUCUUGUACUCCUUUUCGCUUUCUACGCUCUUGGGAUGCCGACUCGAGCUCGUCAGCUUCAUGUUGCCAUCGCCGCCUGUCUCACUGGAGCCGCCGUUUGUGGCAUGCAUUAUAUCGGCCAAUACGGGGUCGAGAACUAUGUUUGCUCAUACCGAGUCCAGAAUGUCGUCGGCUCCGCCGUCAUCGCCGAGCUGGCCAGUCUCACUGCUCUUGGAAUCUUUUUCCGACUGCGGGAUGCAUGGAAAGACGGCUGGUGGAAAAGAGCCCUGUGUGGUGUCAUUCUCGCCACUGCUGUCUCCGGAAUGCACUGGACAGCAGCGGUUGGUACAGGAUACCACUGGAAAGGCGAUCUGAACAUCCACGGAAACUCGAGGGGCCAAACCGCAGUCAUCGCAGCCGCUCUUUCAAUGGCCUCCUGUGUCAUCCUUCUUGUGGUGGCAUUAAUCCGAGGGCGCAAUAAACGCACUGCCAGAAUCAAAGCACAGCGCCUGGUGCUGGCUUGCGCUUACUUCGAUGACGAGGGCAAAGUGAUGGUCACCCAGGAAGGAACCUUGCCUAGUGAAAAAAUAACAAACCACUAUAUUGAGAAGACCUUUGGAGAAGAUGAACUUAGCAGGUCUCAUCCAACCUACCUCUGGAUCUUUCAAGCAUCCCACAACUGGAUAACGCUGCGGGACCACCUUCCUAGCAUGAGAGAGCACAUCGAAAACGACCCAAUAGCGAGGAAAUACCGGCCCAGUAACACUUCCAAGAAGUUGCCAGAUGACGCCCUAGCGGGUUCGUUCAACUUCGCUCCAAUAUUCAAGCAGUUGUUUUGUGUCACGGCCCAGCAGCUGGCGAAUCUUAUUCACCAGCCCCUGGAAAGGCUAGGAGUUCUGUUUGAAGAACCCCUGGACACAGGAACAAUCUCUAUUCACAGGCACUUGAGAAUCAACAUCAGGCCUUUAUCAGCCAAAUUCUACAACAAUGCGGCCGACGCAGAGCAAGGCUUUUCAUCACCGUAUGUGGUGGCUCGAGGAAAAUAUUUCUUCCUUCAUCGACAAAUAAGCAGGAGUGAGGCAGCCAAGUUUGCCGCACUGGGAUACCGGUUUGCCACCAUUGCGCAAAUCGCAGAACCACUGGCUAAGAGCAUGCAAGUCAACUGUGAUGAGAUGGUGUCUAAGAUCGAGCGCAUGAGACGGAGCGCAUCGUCCGAGCAUCUUCCACCGCCCGGAGUGCAUCUCGCUUGUUUUAUGCUCCGUCCCACCAUGUACAAAAGCUUCGACGUUCUCGUCCCAACUGCCUCGCAAGACCACUUGCCUUAUGUCACGAUGCAAUGCGGUGAUUUAUCACAAGAUCAGCUGGCCCAACUACAUCGGUUUGAUGAUUCCACUGUCAGUGAGAUUUUGAGGAUACUUCUCAAUCAGUCCGCCGUAUCAAAAAUUGGCGAAGGGAGUCGAUGGCAGCUUUACAACACCUUCGUUAAGCUCGUCGAUGUUAUCGGGGACUAUGAUACUAUGAUGCAAGCCAGAUUUUCCGCCAAACCAUUCCGGGUCCCAUGUCGACCCAGAGAUGGCCUAAGUCCUUCAGCAACAUGUACCUUCCUGACGGUUCGGGUGCUGAGAAGCAUACAUGCUUCAUCGAGUAAGAAGGAACUGACGUAUGUUCCUUUGUCCUUCUUCAACGCCCAGCAACAGGGUCAAGCAAAAGAUUGUAAGGAUGAAGUGUUUGAACGGAAAAUCAAAGCGGAAUUCCAGCAUCCUGCCCGCGACGACUUUACCAAUUAUCCCUCGUCCGUCAGCGUUAAGGGCGGCAGAAGGACGAGCUCAGGUGAAUCGACUCUUCGAGGCGCAGAGUCACCUAGAUCGGGGCUGUUCAAAAACGUGCUGGCUCGGUUUUCCAUUGUUCCUGGCCGUCGAAGCGAUGAAGCUACGAUUAUUGAGCGUGGCAAGAGCAUAGAGGAAGGAUCUGAUGUUGAAAUGUUGGGUAUUGCAAUGUUGGGCAGCACUCGUGUCGGCAAUGAGGCAGGAAAGACGCACGCGGACCUCAUCGAUCUUAAGCAAGGGGCCAAUGGACAAAGCAGCUGGGUCAGCGAAUUAUUCGGUCUUUUCCGAUUGGGAACGGAAGGGUGGUCCAACGCAAAAGGAGGAGUGUGCAAAUUGGACACAGAUGCUUCGAAACCAGUUGAAGCCGGGAGGAAGGAUUGUCUACAGAGCAUGGCUGAUACCGAAACAUUGGUUUCAUCCAAGUGA